CCGUGCUUGAAAAAUAUUCUAUUUCCCGAUGCUAGUAAAGCGUGCGGGCUCCGCUACAAUUUGACAGCUGUGUAACUCUUUAACUUAGUACCAGUCUAGAGCUGCCACGUGGAUUCCUCUGUGUAGAACUUCGGCGGCCGUGAAACAUGCUUUGUAUACUUCGUAUACUUGGGCCAAUUUAUCACACGAGUAAAGGGCUUUUCGGCUUUUUAACGUUCUACUGGGCCAGAUAAUUAGCUGAAUGGCCUAUGCGCGGAAGUCCAGUACAGAACCAGGCUCAGUGCUGUGAUUCCUGGCUCGUAUCGUAGCCAAGGCCAAGCCCGGUGUAAAAUUACAACUAUGGCUCUCGAACCUUUUUAUCUUACACAAUUAACACAAAAUAACAGUUCAUCUACAAAUCAGCACGAGAAUUUGGGGCAUUUCAGUUCUUCGAAAGCACAGAAUUUUUCAAUCUUCGUUCACUGGCUAUACCACCGGUUGCUGCUACCGCAGCCGGUGAAUCCAUGAUGCUCGACGCUAGGAUUCGCCGCCGUGCUGACUUUGAAAGGCCACGGAGAUGGAUUAUUGACUGGGGAAUUUGCUGUACGAGGCAGACCCAGAGCCAACGAGACGCUGUCGCUCGAAGAACAGUCAACCAACCCAGCAUCUUCCACAUCCACCUGCCUCUGCUGCCUCUGGUUGUUUCUCGACCGUUUGCUUCCGACAUUCGCCGCCGCUGCUGAAGACGACCCGCCGGCUGCAGGAGGUGGUUGUACGGAUAGAGAGGAGGAGGAAGCAGCAGCUUUGUUGACCGAAUCAAGCAACUGAAUCUCUUCCACCAUUGGCUUCCAUACUCUCACUCUCGCAUUAAUGAACCAGUUGGAAACCUGAGGUGAAAAGAACAAAACCUUGAAUUUUUCUCAAGUUUCUGUUUGAUAAAUUGUGGCUAUUCGAUUUCCAGCUUUUACUUGAGAAUCUAUCGGUUAGGGUUAGAAAUCUAACCUGGGUCCUGGAUAGACCAGUCUGUUGAGCCAGGAUCUGCUUCUCUGAAUCGGUAGGAUACCUAUACACUCCGGAAAAAAAACCAUGGUUAAUCCAAAUUCAGCACGUAAACCAUGAAAUCGUUUCACGAAUUCCAUAAUCUUACGGGUGGAGGAAGUGUUCAAAGAGCCAAGACUUGAGCAGAGCAACAGCAUGAUCAGGGAGACCUCUCUGAGAUCGCCAGACCGGCGGCGGCGGAGGAGGCGGAGAUGGUAAUGGAGGGUGAGGAGGAGAUUGAAGGAAGAAAUUGAGGUUGAAUGUUGUGGAAGGUUUAUUAUUAUGAUUCUGGUAUUGGAGGGCUUCUUGGUGCUGAUGUUCAUGUUGAUCAGAGGAGUAACUUCUGCAGCCUGAUGAUGAUGAUCUAGAAAGAAAGCGCAUUUGGUGGAGAAGUGCAUUUUUCAGGGAAGUGAAAUGGCUGGAUACCAAUCUAAUGGCAUAGUAGAUGAAAGGCGCUGCAUUGCCAAGCCCUGGAACUGCUUCGAAUGAGGCCACAGCUGUUUGCAUUUGCUGGCAGUACAGCUUGUAUCUUCUGUAAACCUGAUGUGAAUCAAAACAUGAAUCGAUCAAGGAUUCAAUAUGUUUGUGAUCCAAAUUGUAAUGCAAGAAAUAUAUCAAAUGAGUUUUAAGUUGGAUUAAUCAUGUGCUUUGUUAUCCUAACUAAGCAGGUGCUGUGAUUAUGGGAAUGGUGGGUUGGAGUGGGUCUCAGUCCAACUGACCCAAAAAAAUCAGGCCAGGACUGCAGAGGAACAGUGACUUUGAUAUGAACAGGGAAAGGAAAGAAGAUACAUCUUUUCCCGAGAGAGGGACUGUGGGGUUCCAUGGCAGAGACGGUCAAAUCAGCAGUUCCAUUUUUGGUUUCGAAAUUGGUGUCAGGAUGGCCUCGUCGGCAGGGCCACUCUGGCUUGCAUGGCCAUGGAAGUGGGCAGUUGGAAGGUCGAAAUUAACACCGAACAGCUCGUCGAGGAGAAGCUGGGCGGGCCGGAGAAACCUGGAGCUGUUGAGGACUGAGGCGUAGCCAGUGAAGGGACCAAGAGGGACUGGCUGCUGAUGUUGCUGCUGGGCGAAGGAAAGAGAGAGUGACAAGCCAUUCUCAUGUUGCUGCUGCUGCUGAUGAUGAUGCGAAUUAUAAGCUCCGGAGUUGUGGAUCAGAGAAGGGCUGGUUAUGGGGAAGCUGUUGUGAUGGGUGAACGGUGGUGGGUUGGUUUUGGGUCUGGUCUGAUGUGGGGGAGUGAAGAAGAAGGGAUUUUCUGAUUGGUUCUCUGCCAUGGGAGGUAAAAUGAUGAAUAGAAGGUGGAAGAGAAGUUGUGGGAACGAGUUUGGGACUAUAUAUAUGGAAAUUCCUAUGGUACUAUCAUUCUAUUUCGCGAUUGUGGUGGUGGUGGGUUUUGAUAAAAGAAGUAAUUUGACUUAAUUAGCUCGGAUGAAAAAUGCAUCAUUUCACAAUAUUUGUUCUCUUGUCGGUUUAAUAAAAAUCAGGGUUUAAAAGGUGUAAGGUUGAUAUUCGGUUAUGGCUAGAUGUUCUUUAGUUCAAGUUGUUAAUAACUUAUUUAAUACUCAACAAUAAAU